AUGGCUCCAAAACACGCGGAUAGCCGACCAAGUCGCAUGGUAGUACCAUCCGACUGGAGCUUAAUCGAGCCAAUUACAGGAGAGCAAGUUGGCCGUACGAUCCGUUUAACGGGCAAUUCGUCCCCAGGUCUGGACAAGGUCACACCCAAGACGCUCCGCCGGUUCAAUGCUAAUGUGCUCGCUGGAGCCCGUAUUACGCUAGUUCCGAAGGUCCCACAUCCGACUUCACCUGAUCAACUGAGACCGAUCUCUGUGUCAUCCAUUCUUGUCCGUUGCUUCCAUAAGCUGCCAUGUCACUUGAAGGAAGAUAAAAGAAAUGAGAUACUUCCAAGUUACCCAAACCUAGACAGGAGCAGUCGAGAUGCCGAGGUUGGGUUCGAAACAAGAACAAGUUGGUCAGUAUGCCUCAGCUUGCACACCCGGCCAUUUCAAGCUCAUGCAAAAAGUGAGCGGCAUUAUAUACAAGAAUCCGAUAAGUGUGGUGGUGGUGGUGGUAUCUCUGAAGGAGCUAACUUGCUGAAAAUAUUUCGAGAGCCCAGAACCGGUUUCGCCCUUUUCGGGGUUCAUCAGGUAGAUGCAGUUCCUAGGGACGGCCUGGUGCAGCACCAUCAGUUGCUUGGGAACAUCACAAACGAGCGAUUUAGCUUGGUUCCUUGUGAGUUUCUCACAACACCAACUUUGUCUCCAAAUAACAUAAGGUUGACGGAAACUCGGGGACUUCGCCUAGCUGAUGAGCCCCAAGAACGGCGAAACCGGUCGUGGGCUGUCGAAGAAUUUCCAACAACCUUAUGA